AUGAACCUGGAAGAGGACUCGCCAAGAGCUGUCGGCGCGAUGUUGCGCGCGGAAUCGACAGCAAAGUUCCACCUCGAUGUCCACGCCGCUACCGAUAAGUACGGCCUGCCGCGACUCGCUGAGAAGGCGCUUGCCAAGCUGGUUCAACACAUCACGACCAUCGAUACGCCCGCGGCAGACAAGGCGGUCGCGGCUAUCCUACGGUAUAUCUAUACGUUCGAGUACGACUCUACCUAUGACACCCAGAGCGCGGCAUCGACAGCAAAGUACCACCUCGACGUCUACGCCGCUGCCAAUCAGUACGGAGACGACGAGCACGGCACCACCGCAUCCAUAUCUACGCCGCUGCCGAUAAGUACGGAGACGGCGAGCACGGUAUCGCCGCAUCGACAGCAAAGUACCUCGACGCCUACGCCGCUGCCGAUAAGUACGGCCUACCACGACUCGUUGAAGAGCUGGGUCAACACACCACGACCACCAAUACGCCUGUCGUAG